UUGAGGCCGUGCGUCUCAAUACUUUUGUCAUCUAUCUGCCGUUUGUGCGUUCCAGGUGGCGUGACCUUCUUCGUGGCGCUGUACGACUACGAAGCCAGAACGUCAGACGACCUGUCGUUCAAGAAAGGCGAUCGCUUCCAGAUCAUUAACAAUACGGAAGGAGAUUGGUGGGAAGCUCGUUCCAUCACCAGCGGGAAGAAAGGUUACAUCCCCAGCAAUUACGUCGCCCCUGCGGACUCCAUACAGGCUGAAGAGUGGUACUUUGGUAAAAUGGGCCGGAAGGACGCAGAGAGGUUACUUCUGAAUCCAGGGAAUCAUCGAGGGACGUUCCUGGCGCGAGAAAGUGAAACCACCAAAGGUGCUUUUUCUCUCUCUAUCCGUGACUGGGACGAAAGCAGAGGCGACAACGUGAAGCACUACAAGAUCCGCAAGCUGGACAGCGGAGGGUACUACAUCACCACGCGAGCGCAGUUUGACACCUUGCAGAAACUUGUCAAACACUACAUGGGUAUGUCAUGAUGUACUGUAGUC